GGCGGGGGUAACCCACGCGUGGAGCCCCUCCCAGGACUGUCCAGCCCUGUACACACGCGUGUUUCUUUGCCCCUCCCGUUGCCCACUCGCCCCGCGCCUGCCCGUACGGGUGCGAGGCGGGUGGGCAACGGGAGGGGCCCCACGGCGUGUGUUUCUCCUCCUCCCUACUCGUGUCACAGGUGGGAGUGGGUGCCCCCCCACCCCGGGGCGCCAUGCCGCUGGGGCAGGAUGGACCCAGCUGGAAGAAGAGGACCGAGGAUAUUCGUCGCAUCUACGACUUCCGAGAGGUCUUGGGCACGGGGGCCUUCUCUGAGGUGGUCCUGGCGGAGGAGAAAGCAACACGGAAACUGGUGGCCAUCAAAUGCAUUGCCAAGAAGGCGCUGGAGGGCAAGGAGACCAGCAUUGAGAAUGAGAUCGCCGUCCUCCACAAAAUCAAGCACCCUAACAUUGUGGCCUUGGAUGACAUCUACGAGAGCAGCACCCACCUCUACCUCAUCAUGCAGCUGGUGUCAGGGGGAGAGCUCUUUGACCGCAUCGUGGAGAAAGGCUUUUACACCGAGCGGGAUGCCAGCGCCCUGAUCCGGCAGAUCCUCGAUGCUGUCAAGUACCUGCAUGACAUGGGGAUUGUCCACCGUGACCUGAAGCCCGAGAACCUGCUCUAUUACAGCCUGGAGGAGGACUCCAAGAUCAUGAUCAGUGACUUUGGGUUGUCAAAGAUCGAGGGCUGCGGCAGCGUCAUGUCCACAGCCUGUGGCACCCCUGGCUAUGUGGCCCCCGAGGUGCUGGCACAGAAGCCCUACAGCAAGGCAGUGGAUUGCUGGUCCAUCGGGGUCAUCGCCUACAUCCUGCUCUGUGGUUAUCCUCCUUUCUAUGAUGAGAAUGAUGCCAAGCUCUUCGAGCAGAUCCUGCGGGCCGAGUACGAGUUUGACUCACCCUACUGGGAUGACAUCUCGGACUCAGCCAAGGACUUCAUCCAGCACCUGAUGGAGAAGGACCCCAGCAAACGCUUCACUUGUGAGCAAGCCCUGCAGCAUCCCUGGAUUGCUGGGGAUACGGCUCUGGACAAGAACAUCCACCAAUCAGUGAGCGAGCAGAUCAAAAAGAACUUUGCAAAGAGCAAAUGGAAGGUGAGGGACUCUGUCGGGUUGGCAGCAAGCCUUCAAUGCCACGGCGGUGGUGAGACACAUGCGGAAGCUGCAGCUGGGAACCAGCCAGGAGGGCCCUGGGCAGACAGCUCCUACCAGCCCCUCUGAGAGGCUGGUGGGGAACACCAGCAAUGGUGAGCCCUGACCCCACCUGUCCCCAUCUCCUACUUUCUGGGGCUGCUGUCAGGCUUUCACCUGGCUUCUCCCCACAGGGUCGGACUGCAGACGCUCACUCACAAGCAGACCGCAGCGCCUCUCCCCAGACUGAGCACAGCCCCCCCAUGGCCACAUCUUGGGAGUGCUGGGGAAGGGGCCGGGGGUCCCAGCCCUGCUGUGAGCACAGCAGGGGGUGCGGCCCCUGUAGUGCUGGAGCAGAGGGGGUGGUGCAGGGGCUCCCUGCCCUGUUCUUCCCGGGACUCUCCUCCACCACAGGCUCGCAGCAGAGCUCUGCACUGGGGCAAGGGCAUCCCCCAGGAACUCUCACCCCUCACCCGGCUCAGGGCUAUGGCCUGGGCUCCCUUCCUGCCCUCCACGCCUGCCCUGGCACAGCAGUGACCCACACCCACCUCUCCACAGCAUGUUCAAGGAGAAUUUUCCAAAUAGAUGUUUCUAUUUUAUUGCUUGUAAUAAAGGCAAGAGGCCAAUGCU